AAUAAAUAAAUAAAUAAAAAGGUUUAAUAAAUGCAAAUACAGUAACGUGUGGAACUUUUUCAAGUACCGAUAUUUUUUUACGACAUGUAAACAGCCAUCAUAAUAAUAAUAAUAAUAAUAAUAAUAAUAAUAAUAAUAAUAACUCAAGAAACACAGCCGUUGCUGUUGGUCUUUUUUUGUUUUGUUUUGUUUUGUUUUGUUUUUGUUUUAGGGAAAUUAAAUACUGUAAUUUAAGUGUACGCUCCUUGCGGUUAAAGGUGGAAACUUCAUCCGGGGAGGGUGAAUGGAAUGACGGCGGAGAUAUUCACGACAAUUCGGGGUUGAACAAUUAUAUGCUAGGCCUCGUUUCCGCUACCAAAAUAAUUAAUAUUAAAACAAUAAGUAAAAUUUAAAAAAGAUACGUGUGUCGCCUUUCAUUGUAGUGUAACAUACUGUUCACAAUUCCUACGUGCUUGCUAGGAACACAGCUCGUUUCACAGAAUGCGCAUUUCAGUUUUUAUUGAGUCAAAAGCAUCUCUACAGCGUGAAUUAUAAUUUAGCAGGAAAAUGCCAGUUUGCUCUUUUUAAAUGUAAAAUAAAUAAAUAAAUCAAAAUUCAAACAACUGUAGUUUGUGACCAGAUUUGGCAAACAUCAAACACAGAUUUUUCGUCGGCCGAGUAAUUUGACGUGACUUCAAUCGGAUUUUGGCUUCUUAAAGGUGCCUUAGGCCCUAUUGUAGCUCUCCCUGGCCUCAUUCCCUGUGUCUUGUGUCUUGGAGGAAUCUGCUGGCCUGAACUCACACAACAACUGGAAACAGUGAGACUGCAACAUGAGACUGGCUGGGCCCCUGCGUGUCUUAGUGGUUCUGGCCACAGUGGGGCUCACCUGGAUCCUGGCUGGCACCAUGCUGGGCUCUGAUGGGGGCUUCGUCCGGCUUCGACAGCUGCUCAACACCCCAGAUGAAGAUCCUACACCCAUGCCCAGGUCUCGCAGGUUUCGGUGUGGUUUGCCGAUGCCCUGUCCGGAGAAGCACUUUGCCUUCCGGAUCGUCAGCGGAGCCGCCAAUGUGAUUGGACCCAAAAUCUGCCUGGACGACAAAAUACUCAUGAGCAGCGUGAAGAACAACGUGGGCCGAGGUCUCAACAUCGCUCUCGUGAACGGGGUGACGGGAGAGUUGCUGGAAACCAGAAGCUUUGACAUGUGGGCCGGAGAUGUCAACGAGUUGCUGAAGUUUCUCAGACCGAUCCACGAAGGCACGCUGGUUUUCGUGGCCUCCUACGAUGAUCCUGCCACUAAGAUGAACACUGAAGCCCGGCAGAUCUUCUCGGCGCUGGGCAGCACAGCGAUUGGUGACCUGGGCUUCCGGGACAGCUGGGUGCUGGUGGGGGCGAAGGGCAUCGAUAGCAAGAGCCCCUUCGAACAGCGCACGAAGAACAACAAGAACUCAAACAAGUACGAAGGGUGGCCUGAGGCCCUGGAGAUGGAGGGCUGCAUCCCACAGCGCACCCAAGAGGAGCAAUGAGGAAGCAAGCAGGGUGCCCACACCCCUCCCCUUCUGAAAGUGGCACGACCCGCUCUGCUGCCAGGGCUGUACCAAUAGCAAAGGGGGGGGGGGGAAA